GGUUCUUGGUUCACAAUGUCGGGAGUGGAGAAUUUUCCAUCUUCUAUUAAAUGCAACUUGGAAAUUAUGAACUUGGGAACGAAUAACCAGACCCCGGCAUUCAAAUUCAAAGAUGCUGUUGUUUCUCUUGGUAGAGAUUCAUUCAAAGACCUAGUUCUAUUAGUCGAGCACAAAAAAGAUUGCAAGAGAUUUCGUCUCUCAAAAGAACUGAAGUUUUAUAGAACAUUUGCAAAAGAAGGAAAAGCGGGUAUUGAAAUACCAGGCAAAACACGGUUCCUAAUAAACAAUGCUGCGCCGCAGCCGCUUUUAUCAUUUCUCAGCGUUGUUGCUCUCAAAAGCAAGAAAACGAAUCAGACCAAAGGUUUCGCUGCAUCUGCAAAUCAUAGAAUGCUGAACGGAUUUGUGGGUUCUGGUUUUAACGAAAUCAGUCCGCUGACGAUAUCUGAAGUGAAUGCUUUCGGUGCUUCCAAACCAAGUGCUCCUAAUCCAGUUGACGACUCGGAGACACCUAAGAAACCAGUGUUGAAACGAAAAAGCUCAGAAUGUAAUUUUGGCGACAGUGGGAAUUUCUCAGAUACGGCCAGUGUCUGUUCUGAUUCAGGAUCUGUAUCUUCGAGAAUUUCAACUUCAUCGUCGUCUUCAGCCUCAAGAGAACCAUUAAACGCUGAGCAACAAAAUGUGAUUAACUGCGUGCUAAGAGGACAGAGUAUUUUCUUCACUGGCAGUGCUGGCACUGGGAAAUCGUAUCUUUUGAAGAGACUCAUCUCUCAUCUUCCUCCUGAGACAACAGUGGUGACUGCAAGUACAGGCAUGGCUGCCUGUCAAGUAUCAGGCACUACCUUCCACUCAUUUGCUGGCAUUGGAACUGGCACUGAAUCUUUUGAAGACUGUGCAAAACGAGUAAUAAGCAAACCAGCCGCUGUGAAGAAUUACAAAAGAUGCAAAGUCUUAAUUGUUGAUGAAAUCUCGAUGAUCGACGCUGAUUUUUUCGACAAGGUCGAAUACGUUGCUCGAUGCGUGCGAGGAAACGACAAGCCUUUCGGAGGAAUUCAACUUGUUCUUUCGGGCGAUUUCUUACAGCUACCUCCCGUUUCAAAACAAGGCGAAACUGUAAAAAAGUUCUGCUUCGAAGCCGAAACUUGGAGUGAAUGUAUUCAAAAAUCAAUAGAGUUGAAAACUGUUAAAAGACAGUCGGACCAAAAGUUUAUUAAGAUUCUACAAUUGAUGCGAAUUGGUCAGUUAUGCGAGAGUCAUAGGCAGGUUCUACUAGACACAGGGAAACAAGUAAUUGAGAAAAAUGGUAUCAAAGCAACAAUUUUGUGCACGCACAAAGAAGAUUCAGUUGCGAUUAAUGAAAGCAAAUUGGCAGCUUUGGAAGGUCAAGCGAGUGUGUUUAACUCAGUUGAUACUGGAGAUAAAGUGAAGCUGAAUGGACUGACUAAUGCACCUGAUAGAUUGGUCUUGAAAGUGGGAGCUCAAGUAAUGUUGACCAAAAACUUCUCCGUCUCGCAGGCGCUAGUGAAUGGAGCACGUGGAGUGGUGACUGGAUUCAACCCCAAGAGGAAAAACUACCCAGUGGUGAAGUUCAUCAGUGGGGUUGAGAGGACCAUCGAACCAGCCAAGUGGACUGUUAAGAACCUGAUGGGUGCCGACAUGCAUAGAACUCAGUUGCCUUUGACACUAGCAUGGUCAAUCUCCAUUCACAAGAGCCAAGGCAUGACAUUAGAUUGUGUGAGUGUCUCACUCAGCAAAGUGUUCGAAUGUGGACAAGCUUAUGUUGCUCUCUCCAGAGCCAAAUCUCUGGACACCCUGAAAGUUUUGGAUCUAGGAGACAAUACAGUAAGGGCAAACCAGAAGGUCGUUCAGUAUUACGUGGGACUGAGGAAGAAAGCAAUGGAUGCUCAGAAUAUGGAGCCAAUGCCUUUAGGCUCGACUGGAAUGCAAUCGGGAGCCAUGUUAAAACGAAUGAAAACAAUGUGAAACUUCUCCACAAAACACUACUUAAUGAAGAAUUCUUAUGUAAAUUGUGCAAUAUUAGCUUCCUAAAUAAGUACAGUACGUUUUCUAUAGACUUUAGUUUAUUUUGUUGGAGCAUAUAAUGCGUUUGUUUUGACAUUUGUGUGUUUGAAAAUUUGUUGUUGACGUCUUUGAAA